AGUUAGCAGGAUAAAAAACCCAUUGUGGUGGGGCAGCACCUGCAAUUUCUACAUGCUUCUGUUAAUUCCAAACUUUAGGAAGCAAAAAGGAUUCGGCUCUAAACGCUAGUACGCUACACUAUUGGAAUCUCCAGAAACUACUGAAAGCAGAUCUACGUGAUCCCUCUAACAGGUCUGGUCAGAUCCCAUUCUUCUGCUCUGAGUGAAUUGCUAGCCUACUGCCUCAGCCCCUGGGCCAUGGUACAUCUGAGUAUAGAAGUUGCAGUAUGAGUGUAACUACAUCCACCAACCUCGACAGCCAGCUGACCACUACCUGGGGCCCUACUAACUCCUGCCCUGAUGGUUCAUUUGUGAUGUCUGGUUACACCAGCCGUCUGUGGCCUCAUGAGUCCCAGCCUCAGUUCUGGAGUAAGUACCAAGUGUGGGAGUGGCUGCAGCAGGUCAUGGACAUGCACCAAAUUGAUGCCUCCAGUAUCCCCUUCCAAAACUUUGACAUUGAUGGCCAUCAGCUCUGCAGCCUAAGCUACCAGGACUUCAUCCGUGCAGCUGGCAGCGUGGGACCCAUUCUCUUCCACAGCAUCACAGAGCUCAAGUGGAGCGGCCAGUACCAUGUGGAAAUAGGGCAGCUGGAAAGCAAACAUGAAUUAGACUAUUCUUGUCCAUUUCCAGAUGUCAGCUUUCCAUCUGGAGAAAUUUAUGAUCCCUCGAUUCACCCCCUUGCACCUGCUGCCUCUCCCAGCCCUUCUAGUCCAGAAAUCAAACGGUCUUUCCCCCGUCCACAUCCAGUCAAAAAACACAACCCGAGGGGGACCCACUUGUGGGAAUUUAUCAGGGACAUUCUACUGAAUCCAGACCGAAACCCAGGACUGAUCAAGUGGGAGGAUCGGACAGAGGGGAUCUUUCGUUUCCUGAAGUCAGAGGCAGUGGCACAAUUAUGGGGCAAGAAGAAGAAUAACAGCAGCAUGACUUAUGAGAAACUAAGCCGUGCAAUGAGAUAUUACUACAAAAGAGAAAUCCUAGAACGAGUAGACGGCCGCAGGCUGGUUUACAAGUUUGGAAGAAAUGCAAGAGGAUGGAAAGAGUCAGAGAAGUGAAAGUUUCAUUAAUUUAUGUUUCAUUUGGUGUUGUGUGCUUUAUUAUAGUUUGCAUCGACUGUUGUUGAUAAAGACAUGUCUAAGCUGUUUACAUAUAGUUUGUUCUGUCUGUUUUGUUUUUACUGUUUUGUAUUAUAAUUCAUGCCUUUGUUGUGACGCUGCACUGAAAUAUUCUUAACUGUGCCUUAGUAGCAGUAAAACCUGAAAUACCUUCACUUAAAAUCUAGCUAAAGAAAAAAAAUAAAUAACAAAGCUGCGCUAAAAAAAAAAAAAAAUCCUUAACAAUAAAGAAAACUGUUUUUCUCAGAAGGUACUUUCACCUGCCAAAGGAGCACAUGGCAAUAUAGCGCUCAAAAUACAUGUUGUGUGUUGAGUGUUUUGACACUGAUACUGUGAAGUGUUCUUUGGGAAGGAUGAUUGUUUAAAAGAGAAAAAAAAAAGGAGAAAAAAACCCAAUCGUAAUAGUAGGAAAACAACAUGUCAAAACGACAGUGUAUUGAAGUACCAGGAUCCAUAAACUAGUGAUAAACUAGAAAUAUUUACAGCAACAUGAUGUUAUGGUUUGUCUGUUUUUUAUACCUUUCAUUGCACU